UUUUAGAUGAUAAACAUCUGAAGAGAACUCAUACGUCUUCGCAUUGAACGAUUUGAUUUAUGGUAAUUAAAUGGUAAUGGCGUGUGAUACUAUUAAACACUUUUGGUACAAUUUUUACAACGAUUACAUGGCAUCAAUAAUUGUUCAAAAUUUACAUUCAUCAUCGUUAUCAAUCUCUAUUGGUCAUUAUUCUUGCUGAAAUAAUUACGAUAUUUGGUCAAUAAGAACAAAGAAAAAAAUUAAUUAGCCAAAAAACGAACUCGACAAACAGUGUGUUUGUGAUUUUCAUUUGUUAUAAAAAUUGAGGACGUGUGGCCACCCCUGGUGGGGGGAUGUUGUGUGGUCAAUUUUUGAGUGUUGCCACAACUGCCGCCAGUCCACAUUGUCGAUUAUUAGUACCAUCGGCUACAGCUGGCUUUGUUAGUAGUCCAUAUUAUACAUUACUAACACUUUGUCACGGCAUGGCGGCAUUAACAUCAAAUCAUAAUACAAAUGUGGAUGAUGAAGACAUUUUUCUAGAAAACGGAUUACUCAGUUAUGAGAAUCCAAAUUACCAUUUAGAUCCAGCUCGUUUAGAUGACGCACUAAAUUCAAAUACGGAUGAAGAUUUAUAUGAAGAUUUAUACCAUGAAUUAGAUGCUGUAUGUAAAUUAUCUGGUGGUAAUAAUGUUGGCUUAAAUAAACCGCCCACAUCGACAGGAGGACAAGGACGUAGAAAUUAUGCAAAUUUAGAUAUUGGUUCAAUGGGUGUAGAUAUUACAACUGGACCAGUUACAAAUUUAGAUACAAAUGAUGGGUUUACAGAUAAUCGCAGUGUAUGUGAGAAAACACAAAAACAUAAUCAAGAUAAUUCGGAUGAUAUUGGUGAUAAUACAGUUCCUCAUAUCCAAGGUGGACUCAACAAUGACUUAUAUGCGGUCCCAGUCAAACGACGUCCACAAAAUAAUAGUCCACCAAUUACAGGUGGACAACACAUAGUUAACGAUUCACCAGAACAAGAAAGGCGGGAUGAAAAUUUACCACCUGGUUGGGAAAAACAUGAAGAUAAUGAUGGCCCAUAUUAUUGGCAUAUCAAAAGUGGAACGAUACAAAGAGAAUUACCUGAAAUGCCUGCAUGUAUGAAAGAAAAUAAAAAAUCCUCCUCGUCAUUGAAGGAUUCAGAUAAUAUAUUAAAAUACGAAUCAAGUAUGAUAAGUUCAGUAACAAGAAGUAGUACAAGUUCAGCCUUGGAUAUGGACUUGGAAGAGCGUAAACGAAAAGAUGACGUAGCAUUUAAACGGCGGAGUUAUCCAGCAAGAGCGGAACCAGAUUCAAAAGAACGGCCAAUUAGGUUUGCUGUUCGAUCAUUAGGAUGGGUGGAAAUUGCGGAAGACGAUUUAACACCCGAACGAAGUAGUAAAGCUGUUAAUAAAUGUAUUGUUGAUUUAUCACUUGGGCGAAAUGAUUUAUUGGAUGUUGUUGGGCGAUGGGGUGAUGGAAAAGAUUUAUUUAUGGAUUUAGACGAAGGCGCUUUAAAAUUAAUUGAUCCAGAAAAUUUGACGGUAUUAAAUACUCAACCAAUACAUACGAUUCGAGUAUGGGGUGUUGGCAGAGACAAUGGAAGGGAAAGGGAUUUUGCAUAUGUAGCACGUGAUCGCACAACACGUAAGCAUAUGUGUCAUGUGUUCCGUUGUGAUAUGCCUGCACGUACAAUCGCAAAUACAUUACGUGAUAUAUGUAAGCGUAUUAUGAUCGAGCGAAGUUUACAACAAAGUUUAGCAAAGCCAGUGGAUAUAAGUAGUGGUCGAUCUAGUCUUGCAACACGACCAACAAAUUUACCAACAGAACAUCGACGAUCACAUAGAAAUGGUCAAACAUUAGUCACACAAUCGUUUCCAACGCCAAUGGAAGAACCAAAGAAAAUACUUCGUGCACAAUAUUUAGGAAGUACACAAGUAGCACAAGCUACCGGAAUGGAUACAUUAAAUGAUGCAAUUGAUUUAUUAUCAUCACGAACACCAGAUACGUGGCAACAAGUUAAUGUUGCUGUAGCUCCAUCCAUGAUUUCAAUUUUACACCCAGGGGAUGAUAAUCGCCUCAUAGCCGAAUGUCGAGUUAGAUAUUUAUCAUUUUUAGGAAUUGGACGAAAUGUCAAACAAUGUGCUUUUAUCAUGCACACCGCACAGGAUUUAUUUAUAGCUCAUGUAUUUCAUUGUGAACCCUCAUCAGGGGCGUUAUGUAAAACAAUUGAAGCAGCUUGUAAACUUAGAUACCAAAAAUGUUUGGAUGCUCAUCCACAAGGACAAGCAUACAAUCGAAAUCAAAGUGGAGCACACACACCUGGACGUGGAUUAGGUGCCACAUUAAAGUCAUUAGUUGGUUCGUUAACGGGUCGACGAUCACGGGGUUCAGAAUCCUGAGACGAGGCACAGUCUCUGCAGGAAUUAUGGCCAUUACCUGCAGAGCGGGAAAUAAUACCACAUCGUCAUUUACAAUCCCCACUUACAUUAAAAUAUUUAUGUGGUGGUAGUCCCCCGUCAGCAAGUCUCCGAUCAUUGUUGUCACCAACAUUGGAACCAAGACGAAUACAUCUAUCACGAUGGGAUUCAGCGACUUAGUUAUAAUUUUUUUAUUUAUCAUUUGUAUCACAUUUUUAUUUUUUAAA